AUGAGUGAGACUGACUACACAGUGGAGAUCCUCCUCUUCGGAGUCUUCCUUACUGUGAGCAUCCUUGUGAAUGUUGCAGUCCACAUGUGUUGCCGCUGUUGUAACUGUUACUGUGAUGGGAAGAACCGUGAUGGUCACCUCGUCAACAGUAGCAGUCACGCGAGUGCUUCAGACAAGAGCCCGAGCAAACCGCGGACAGUUGCCUUUGAGAUUCCGAAUGUGUACUUCAUUGCAAAGAGUGAAGUGGCCCACGUGGAUGAGUCUUGUGGACAUCUGCGUUUUCGGGACAAGAAGACAUACGUGGUCUGCCGGGAUUGCCAACGCAAACUUCGUACGCUCGCCUCCAAGAGGGGGUAA